GGGUAAAACCACCCCUAAUUUCCGUAAAAUUGAAUCCUGAUCCAGUCCAAGACGGAAAACCAGAACAUUUUGAUGUUUCCGGAACUUUAGAUGUAGAUAUUCCGGCAUCAGCCAUACUUAACGUUUAUUAUGCAGAUCCUAACAAUAAAACAAUCAUUGGCGAUGUCAGUACUAAACCGAUGUGUACUGAUAAUUGCCCAAUUAAAUCUAAAACUGAGUUUAAAGUAUCUGAUGAUACUAAGACACCAAGCUUACCAGAUCCAUAUGCUAUCAUAGUUGCUGUUUCAAAUGAUCAAAAUGUUCUAGGCUGUGCAGCUCUCUCAACUAAUAAAAAUGCUGCUGAAGAACUUGAUGGAAAUAAUGGACUUGAUGGUGUACUUGACCUUCUUUUUCAAUAA